AUGGAAAAACCUCUGUUCUCUGCUCUCCUGCCUCUCUUACUGUUGGCCUUCGUGAGCCAUGGCUUAGUAAGCUGGGCAUGGACUACACCUGAUUGCACCAUCGCAGACAGCUCCCUACUGGCUAACCUCUCCUACUACAUCCCAUUCUGUUCCUUGGCCCCACGACUGCACCUUUUUGCAUCAUGCUCCAAUGUUAAAGAUGUAGCUCAGACCCUGAGAGCAGUGCCCCGGGAUAGAGAAGUGCUUUGCCUCCAAGGAAUAGUUCCUGUCCUUCCAGCCAAUGCCUUUGGUGACUUCCCCUCCCUACGGCUUCUGAGGCUGCAGUUGGGCAAUCUCAAGGUUGCCUCUAAGGCCUUUGAAGGAUUGGACCAGCUGCAAUACCUUUACUUUGAACAUCAUGCUCCCUGUUGCCUGAAUCUAUUUCUCCCUCCAGAUGCUCUGGAGCCCCUCAUAUUACUUAAUAGCCUUUCCUUUCAAGGCUACUGCUUAAAUUAUAGUUAGGACAUCCAGCUGCCAAUCAGCCUUACUUGUCUGACCCUGAGACACAGCUGUUUGACCAAGCUGCAGGAACUGAAGGGGCUCUUCCCAAAUCUUCUGCAUGGUUUCUCUCCUACAGCCAGCCCCAGACCAUUGGUAUCAUUUUUGGAGGUGCUGGAUUUGUCAUCCAACCUGCAGCUGAGCCAGGGAGGUAUCAGAUCCCUGGAUGGCCUCCAGAUGCAUUCUCUAAGAUUGGAUAGCACCCCGUUAAGUUUAUUAGGCCUCCUAGGCUCAGGGCUGCUCCAUCUGGACUUCCUCUCUCUUGUGGGUACAGGUGUGACAAAGCUGCCUGGGAGUGUGGCAGGGUACUUUGCACUUCGUGCCCUUGACCUUGGGAGGAAUCAAAUCCAAAAGAUAGAGGAUGCAGAUCUUGCAAGUUGCUACUCCCUGGAACUCCUCAGUCUUCAUGAUAAUGACCUGCAAUCACUUCCCAUCGGGUUCCUGAGUGCCCUUCCCCAGCUUCAGAGGCUCAACCUGUCCAUGAAUAAUCUGGGCUCAACCUUGGUCCUCCCAGAUGGGCUGGUUAGUACAAACCUGAGAGUGCUCGAUCUGUCCUACAAUGAAUUCUGUAAUCUGCCAUAUGGGGUCUUCUCUUUUCUUCCUCAACUUCCGGAACUCUGGCUGGGUCGCAACAACCUCUCCAACUUAACCAAUGGAAGCCUAGAGGGACUCAGGUGGCUAAAGACACUAGACCUGAGUUGGAACCAAAUUAAGAUUCUAAAUCCAGGAUGGCUGUCCUCUCUUCCUGCCCUCACUUCACUGAACCUCCUGGGCACCUAUUUAGAGUAUAUCCCAGGCAAACAGUUCCAGGGUCCCCACAAGCUGAGCUAUCUGCAGCUGGGCUCUCUUCUUGAGCUGCAGAUUUACCCUCCCUGGCCCCCCGCACUGCUCAGCUUGGAGGUAUGGGCAACAACGUGGGUCGAAUUCAUAGUCCACAAUGAACAACCAUUUUUGUUCUUGGAGAAUCUUACCUUGCAAACUUCCUUUGUGCUAUUGCAUCCAAGCAAUGCUACAGUUUAUUUCCCUUCCCUGCGUCACCUCACUCUGAGAGGUGUCAGUCCCUACAUUUUCUCAAGCCAUAGGCCCCAGAAAUUUUUUCCACAGCUUCCUCUCCUAGAGCACUUGCACUUCUGGUCUGAUAAUGGGGACAUGGAGAACAUGUGUCUGUUUGGCAUGGCCAGGCUUCAAGUGCUGGAGCUGGGGGACCUAAACUUCCUCUCUGAGUUUGGUUCAGUGAAGCUGGAGACAUUUCUGCAGGAAGUGCCUCAAUUACAGGUGUUGGCUUUGAGCCACCUGAAUCUUUGGAACCUCUCUAUGUCCACCUUCAAGGACUUGGGUCACCUCCGGUUGCUGCUGUUCAACUCUGAAUUGACCCUAGGGUUGGACAGUAGCCUUCAAGAGCUAAUCCCCCAGAUGCCACAAUAUGUUUAUUUCUCAAAUGUCACCUUCACCUGCCAGUGUGAAAGCUCUUGGGUGGGUCCCAACAACUUUGUGUAUGGGCUGGAGAAAUCCAUCUGCAUGGCAAAUGCUUCUGACUACUCCAAGGCUCCACUGCUCUCCUUCUUUUCUGAUCACUGCACACAUGAUCCCGAGUUUCAGGGCCUUCUUGCCAGCUUCACUCUUGUAUUCCUGAUGUCCAUCCUUGCACUGCUUGGCUGUCCCAAGUGGUACUGGCUUCACCACCUCUGGAAUCAUUUUCAGGCCUGGUGGUGGAAAUUAUGUGGGAGUGGCCCCAGAAGGCAAUUCUAUUAUGAUGUCUUUAUAUCCUAUUGUGAGCAGGACCAACCCUGGGUACUGGAAGAACUGGUUCCUGCCCUGGAGAAGCCUCCUCCGACAGGUGAGGGCUUGAGGCUAUGUCUGCCAGCAAGAGACUUUGGCCUUGGGCAGGACAGAAUGGAUGCCAUAGUUGCCAGCAUAGAAACUAGCAGAGCUAUUCUCUGUGUGCUCAGCUGUCAGGCCCUGAAAAGUACCUGGUGCAAUCUGGAGUUAAGGCUUGCCACCUACCAUUUGGUGGCCAGGCUCGGGACAGGCUGCCUACUGCUGCCGUUUGUAGAGCCUAUAGAUAGGCAGAAACUACACAGCUAUCACCGUCUCACCCGGUGGCUCCAGAAGGAGGACUAUUUUGAUUUACAUCAAGAGAAGGUGGAGUGGAAUUCUUUCUGUGAGCAACUUCGGAGAAGGCUAAGGAAAGUGGGACGAGAAAGAGAAGAUUAAAGGCUUUGAGUGAUUUAGCCAUCCAAGAAGGGGUUUUUGUAAGCAAUUCUUACUUCAAGCCUCCUUUUGGCACUAAAAAUGACAUAUAUGAGGAUACUUAAUCCCUGUGGGAAGCAUAUUUGAAAACACUGGAAAUAAGACAUUCAGUUCAAAAAACAAUUCUGAUACUGUUCCCAGUCCUUUGACAAGGCCUCAAAAAAAGAAUACAUGUACCAGCUGUACACAAAGAGUGCAAACAUUAUGUACUGAAAAUGUGUAAAGG